GAGGAGUGAGUGAGGGUGGACUACUAGUUCGUCAGGCAUGACGUCACUUGCAAUGUUGAAGAAAUAUGUAUAAAAAGGAUGAUCCUCGGACCAUGGUCAACUCUCACUUGUGGUCAACAUGCAUAUCUCUCAGGUAUCAGUAGUAGCUGCAGUACUCAUCGGAUACGCCUGCGCAGCAGGUUACGGUGGUGGAGCUGGAGGUUUUGGAGGAAAUAGAGGUGGUGGUUUUGGUGGUGGAUUCGGUGGAAACUUUGGCGGCAAUGUCGGUGGAGGUGGAGGCUAUGGUGGUAAUGUUGGAGGAGGCGGCGGCGGAGGCUAUGGGGGUGGCCAAAACUAUCCUCCCAAACCUUACAACUUCGACUACCAGGCCAGAGAUGAGCAGGGAAACAUGCACUACCGAAACGAGCAGGGUGAUCAAUCAGGUGCUGUGAGAGGUUCCUAUGGCUACACAGAUGCCCAAGGAUUGUACAGAGUGGUCGAUUAUGUGGCCGAUGCUGGUGGAUUCAGGGCCAACAUCAGGACAAAUGAACCAGGAACUGAUGGCAAAGAGAGUCCCGCCGAUGUUCAAUUGACAGCUGAACAACCUCCUGCUGGUAUUCAGGAUCGAUACACAAGAGGUGGUGGCUAUGGAGGUUCUGGAGGAUCUGGAGGUUAUGGAGGAGGAGCUGGAGCAGGAGGUUAUGGUGGAGGAUCUCGAGGAGUAAGUGGUGGAUUUGGAGGUGGUUCCAGAGGAUUCGGAGGAGGAGCAGUUCACGGUGGUGGUGGAGUUAGAAGCGGAAAAAGUGGCUAUUAGAUAUCAUGUACUCGUAGAUUGAAGCUUGAAGUGAUGAUUGAAGCUUUUUUAGCAAUUGUUCUAUUUAUUUUUCAAAUGCAUCUAGUAACAUGGAAAUUGUUGUGUUUGUACUUAAGCCAUCACAUUUAACUAGGGGAGACUGCUUGGUAGAUGUUCGAUAUCUUAGGGCUAAGGAAAUUUUCCACUUGUCAAAAACACAGACGGGAAUAAGUUUUGCAACACGAAAGAAACUUUGUGCAGGACUGUAACUAUAUUGUUUAGGAUAUAUUUUUCUCUUGUUUAUACAUCUGCUGUACUGAAACUGCAGUUGAUAUGAUUAUACUGCAGCUGGAGUACGACCAUCAAGCAAUUACAGAAUGCAAUAAUUGAUCAAUCAAGAUUGUACCACCAUUGCAGUUGUGGACAAAUUUUAUCCGCUGCCUACGCGAUAUCAAUUCGAAUAACCAUAAUAAUUGUUAAAAUUUAUUUGUAAUGUAAUUGUUACACCACUGGUUCGAAAUUUUGUUACAGAUAACUGCGAACGAUUUCUAUUCAAUAUCAAAAUUUUCUGCUAUUAGAUUUCCUAUCUUUUAACGAUUAAAACUUUUCACCUGGUUAUACUAUAAAUGCACCCAGAAGUCAUAUCCAAUCUCAGAAGCUAAACUAGAUCACUUGCCUGUUACCAAUCAAUCAAUCUAUGUAAUAUCGUAUUAGUUAACGGGAAAAAGAUAUUUACACAUGAUAUGUUGUGAGCAAGAAAUUGUUGUUCUCUUGCAAUGACGUCUAUUGAGAUAUUUCAUCAGCUUUAAUCAGCCAAUCAGCGUACAUCUUGGAAAUACACCAUGUGCAUUUACAUUGUGCGUUUUUAAAAUGGCGUCUUACUUGAUCAGCUUAUUGCAACCUGUAAACGUUUGAUCAUCAACUAGUAGACAAAUAGUUGAUUGAAGUGAGGUUCGUUAAGUAUACCUAUAGAAAAAUUUAAGAUCGCAAGGAAACUAUAACUUCGGAAGGAAAUAGCUUAAAAAUAUUUUACACGAAAUUUAUUUUUAAUGACUUACAUAACAGUUUCUAUUUUGGUGUUGCAAAACUUAUAAUAAUCAGAUAGUUUUCUAAUCGGGCAUUUACUUGUGCGUAUUGUCUGUGUGUUUAUUUCUUAUUCACCUUCUGGCCGGCCUGAUACUAAAUGGCUCAAUUCAUUGGUUGUGAAGCUUUGUGUUCAUAACCUUUCUUGUACAUUUGAGUGUUUUUCAUUCAAUAAAUAUCAUUUUUUAAAAAGCAUAA